GGUCUUUAGGGUGGGGAGAGGGACUGCCUGCAUAUGCACGAAUGCGCUUGAGAGAGUGGCGCUGCCUGCCUGCCUACCUGCGUCUGCGCCGGCACCAACCACCACUAGGACUUCCCACGAGAAAGCCGCCGAGCGCCAAACAACAAAAGACAGACGCCAGACGCCAGAGCAAUCCCCACGGCUUUGCCGCUAGCAUUGGCCUGGGUUAAUUGGCAUGAAUGACCUCCAUCCAUGGGUGCGAGCUGCUUUGUCGUUGUGACGAGAGAGGAGAGAGAAAGGAAAGGAAGGAGGAAAGAAAAGGAAAGAAAGGAAAGACGUAUCGGAGGAGUACACCUACACCUAGACCUAGGGCUAUGGAUUAAGCUAGGAUAUGUAAGGAUGAGGAAGGCAGCGGGAGGGAGGGAGGGCGAGUAUGUAGCAGCCACACGCACACACACACACGCACGCACGCGCAGAGUGCUUGCAUGCACGCAAGCACAUACAUGCGCGCGCCAGCGGCAUCACAUCACAAGCGGCACUGCCACAAGAACGCCAUCAAAGCACAAAAGCGCAGCAACCAAACACAGACACACAGACACAAAAGCAAGAAAACCUCAUGCCAUUACCACCCCCCUCCCACUCGCACUCCCACUCCCGCUCCCCUGUGCAAGCAUGACACAGCCCGCCCAUCCGUCUGUCUGUCUGUUUGCCUGCCCGCCUGCACCAAAUAUAUAUCCACCCCCUCGCACGCGCGCAAACCGCCCAACUUUAAAACGUAAACGCCAAGAAAUCCAGAGAGAGAGAGGAAAAGAGAAGAACAAGGAGGAGGAGCCGCGCGCAUGUCGUUCGUUCCGUUCAUACUAUGUCUAUGUAUACUAGCUCAGCUGCUCGCUCUGUAGGUGGCGCUGGAGUCGCGGAGCGCCCCCUUCGUGAGUGAUCGUCGCGUGCGUGCAGGGUGAAUGAAGCAUGAGCCCGUCGCUGUUGGGGGCGGCCUGGUCUAAGUGCUGCGGAAGAGGCGCUGUUUGUUGUUGCUGUUGUAGGUGGUGGCGCGCUUGCUGGCUGACUGGUCGGUUUGCUGCUGCUGCUGCUGCUGCUGCUGCUGGCUAGCUGAUUGAGCGAGCGGGCAGCUUAGUUGGCCAGGAUCGUGGAGACGAGGUCUGCGCGCGGUUUGUUAGCCGUGUUCACUCUCUCUCUCUCACACACGUUCGUUUUUCCCCUCCCGUCCUUCUCUUCUCACCACCUCCCCCCC